CUGUUCGCACCCAACUAGUCAGUCCCUACAUUGUCUUGAUUUCAGUUAAACUAUAAAACUGAAUUGUCUGAACGUAAAGGGUUAGCAUGCAUAUCUCUCCAGCUCGUCGAAUUAUUUUAGAGAUUGCAUCCCCAACUUUUUUCCCUUAUGAAAGAAGUGGAUCACGUAAUGUUCUGCAAUUGUUCGACGCUAGACCAGCAGCGACAAACAUUAAGACCUUGUUUCUGGGGUGUGAGGAUCUUCAAAAAGCUUUGGAGACAACUGUUUCUCAGUCUAUGAAUCCAAGAACACUGCAUUACCAUAUCACUGGAACUUGCUUAACAAACAUUGCAAGAAAUGUUUUGAUGGUGAAAAUAAUUUCAUCGCCUGAGUUCGACCCUGUGAAAAAUGAAGAUCUCGAAUAUAUAUGGGAAGUCUGGUAUGGUGUGUAUUGGAGCAGCCCAGAGAUGAGUUUGAGAUUCAAGACUGAUAUUAAGGAUCUCUUGAAUGGCAAUCUUCCUGCAAAUAUGGAGGUCCACCCUGGUAAAUGCCUCCAAUCACUCAAAUGGGUGUGGAAAGAGUGGUUGUUGUUGGUCGAUUCCAAGAAAUCUGACAAUAUUGAAGCUAUACUUCAUGCCAGGUCAGCUGCAAAUAGGGCUGGUUGGUGUGCAGGUCUGUCUAAAGACAUGACAGAAGAGGAACAAGAUUUUGAGCUAGUUCGUCGUAUAGCUGUUCAUAUGGGGGUAGAGCACUUUCCGGAGCCUAUAAAAACUGCCGUAAUUUUCGAAGCCCAUAAUUUUUUUUUCGAACUGGACAACGGCAUCCCGGGUGGAUGUAAAGGGAAAUUCAUUAACCCGACACUAUUAGAGACGAAAAGCAAGCGCUGGAUUGUGCAUCAUACCGUUUCUCCUUUCAACAGCUAUCUUCCAUUGCCUCUUAAUAAUGCAUUAGAUCCGCAUAAGGCCGCUGAGGGCUGUGCGGUAACACACUACUGCCAAAAUGUGUUGCUGAACCAGCUGAUUCUGUAUCGACAGAAAAUGGAAAAGAUCAAGUGGGUUCUACACAUGGGAGAUCCUAUUGAACUCUGCUUCACAUUGACGGAAAUAUUUGACGUUAUUGACUGUUCUGGAUUGUCGGAUGAAGUUGGACUAGCUAACAUGCUCAGCGCUGCCGGGAAAAGACUUAGUGAAGAAGCUGAAUCUGUCAUAUUUGUGGAAACCAGUUCAUGGUCGAAGUUUGCCCCAACUGUCGUCUGUUACGUUGAAGAAGCUCUUUGCGCACCCCUCGCCAUGCUGCCGACUGUCUACGGCCUGAGAUUAGCUGAUCCACUCCCUAUUGGCUCUUCAGUUCGACCCGAAAGUUCAACCAACACAACUGUCUGCCUUAUCUGGAAAAGGACUCAAUCAUACGAGAACGUGCGACCGAAUUACUUGGCAUCCUUAAACCCAUGGUUAAAACGUUUGGCUUAUCGCUGUUUCUCACCCAAUCAACAGCAACAAACACUGGAUGAUAUAUGUGGAACGGAAUGCUACACUCCAAUGACUUUCUUUUACAUAGCUGGAUCAGCGGCCCAGCGGAUGAAUAGGGGAUUUGAUGGCUUCAGGCAAGUUCAAGAACUCUCCACAGAAUUGGACCCGUGCAGCCUAUUGACCUGGCGAACGUUUUCCCAAUGGGUGUGGCUUUCCAUGUUCCCUCGCAUUGCAGAUGCUCAUCUAGACCCAGAAGCAGCCGAUCGUAUCCGCCAACAUCUUGCUCAAAUGGCGGCUGUUUUGCUGUUUUCAGCCAGGGUGUCUUUCGAUCGUAUAGAGAUGAAAGCAUUCUAUGAAGCCAAAACCAAAUCGAUGGGACAACCGAAACUCCGUCUGAUUUUGUUACCUCACGUCGUUUAUGGAGAUUUGCCCAUGGACAAGCCACUGGACAUUUCCCAAUAUGCCUCAGUGGCUCAUUGCAUUGACAAUAUCCUUCUGCAUUUCAACAAAAAUUAUACUUCUGGCUGGGUUACAGUGUCAUUUCCCCUCAUAGCCGACCAUGGAUUAAGUGAAACUCAUAGUGGAGUCAUCGUCGAUAUUCAAACGGGACUGCCACUCAUCCCCCUUGGUCCUGUGCGUUCACUUCAAACGGAACCGUUCACUCAGUCAUAUCCCUUUGCUGAUCCUGGGCACACUUUGCCGGAUGAACUCGCUGACCCAACACCCUUGGACUCUAUUCCUUCCAUGUCAAUAGUUGACUGCCUUGAGACGGAAUCGCAGUACAUCGUCACUAUCUAUUGUUGCUAUAAAGAUGAACGAGAAGGCGAAGGGCCAUUGCAAUUUGUUCCGGGUCUCUCUUGGAUUAUGGACCAUCAACCGCCUUGUGAGUCUGUUCACCACAUCACCCUGAUAAUGGACCAACCGUUUGAUUCGCAAACGUUGACGUUCGCAGUGCCAUUUCCUUUCAUUGCCGAGACAGUAGUGGCUAUGCCUUACAAACCCGGUGAGAUUCGGCUGUUUUUCGAAAAGGCUGUCUAUGAGCCAUGGCCUGCUCAAUUCAUCAGUCGAGCGGACAGAGUUAUUGGGGAUUUUUUGCUUAGAGAUUUGGAUAUUCAUCUUGAGCAACAAUUUGACAACAUUCCAACAUCAUCUUCGAAUGCUCUGCAUCAAAUUCGAUUGAUGAUAUCUUGCUUGUUUCGUCUUGUUGUAAAGGACAAUCACACUUUCUUUAUGAUCGCAGAACUAAAUGCGCCAUCUAGUGACGACGAUUCGAGUGAACCGGAUUGGUACCUCCGAAUUCAUUUGCCAAUCGUGUCCAAUAAAACUGGCAGCCCCAUGUUGAUGCUAUCAGCUUUCGACAGCAGCUUAGCCCCGAAACUAGUUCACAGGGGGAAGAUGUCGAUUCACGACAUAAAUGCGGAUUUCCAGCGAAUUUAUACGGAUGAUGCCAAUAAGGAGACGAGGUCUAUUCCUUGUUUCGUAACUUCUACAAGAGAAGAAAGUCGACUGCUUCGCUAUAUUUUGCGACUCAAUUCGACAAAAAUUGGCAAAGAUAUUCAAGAAUAUGAGGCCAUCCCAUUUUGGCCUUUUGGAGAAAACAGUCCUUGGCUGGCCACGUUUCUAUCUCCUUGCUAUGCGGACCAACCUCGUCCUGUUUCAGACAUUUGGAGCCAACUGUUACUUAAGAAUGAAGGAAAACGUGGCGAAAAACACAAACAACUCGAAGAUAUUACCGAGCAUCAAUACAUUUGUGCCAGUUGCCAUCAAUCAACGAAGAAAGCGAAAAGAUGUGGUCGUUGUAAAGCCGUUCACUAUUGUGAUGCUGUCUGCCAGAGAAAGAAUUGGACCAAACAUAAAAGGAUUUGCACUCAAGCUGAAAGUAAUUAAUAUUCAAUUCUUUUCCCGUUACUCUUCAAUUUCUAAUGUUCUCACUUGUAUUCAGUGAUGAUUCGUUUUUUUCUUUAUGGUUUUUUUUCGUCAAGUAAUUCGUUAUUAAUUAUUAACAACCCUUUGUUGCUGUUUAGUUUGACUAGAGGUUUUCUUUAUAAACAAGGAUGUAUUCCG